AUGCGCCUCUAUGCGGCCGCCUCUUCAGCUGCAUCCCAUCCCUUACCUACGAUGCUUCGAUACGCCUUUUUCUAUCGGUCGAUGCUCUUCAACGCAACGUCAUCAGGCAUCUCCACCAUUUCUUUGCCCUUCAUCCCAUUCUUCACCAGCCAAUCUAACCACAUUGUCAGCGACAUUCGGAGAAUUUUUGACAAGGGUCUACCGCGCAGAUACUGCUUGUCAUAUGAAACUUGGCCUCUGCCAACCUCGUACCUUUCAGCACUCCAAAAGCGGCUGCUUGAGCACUUCGUCGAUAAGAACCACGGCAGCCGGCGUAGUAGAUUCGUCAAGUCCAAACUCGAAUUUGGUAUCCGCAAUGAUGAUACCUCGCUCAGCGGCCUUCGGAAGUCAGCAAACUUCCGCAGGACUGAUGUUCUCGUCCUUUCCUCCGACUUCGGCCUUCGUAUACGGAGUCCAGAGGGGUUGCUGCAGCUUCUCGGACUCUUGCAGGCCUGGAGGAAGACCUCUGCCGCACACCGUGCCAUUCUCCUGAUAGGAGCUCCAAGCGGACCCAGUGAUGUAUCAUCGUACAAUGCUCUCUAUCUGAAACACUUUGAGGCGUUUGACCACCAUACUCCGGCGCUGGAGUUGGGAGAUCAUUUCAGAGGGCAAGUGUUCUUGGAGAGCCUGAGAGCUAUUCAAGGAGACGUAGUGCGUGCGGGAUCUUGGGCUGCAACAACUCCAACCAGAAUUGGCUGA